UGUGGAGGCCGUGCGGCUGUUCCAGGGGCUCCAUGGCUGAGGGGGACGUCUCGAUCGACCAGAGGCAGAAUGAGGAGAUUGAAGCAAUGGCGUCUAUUUAUGGCGAGGAAUGGUGUGUCAUUGAUGAGCGUGCCAAAAUAUUUUGUAUUAGAAUCAGUGAUGACAAAGAGGACCCCAAAUGGACCCUUUGCUUGCAGGUAAUGUUACCGAAUGAAUAUCCAGGUACAGCACCACCUAUUUAUCAACUGAAUGCUCCUUGGCUGAAAGGGCAAGAACGUGCAGACCUAUCAAACAGCCUUGAGGAAAUAUAUGUACAGAAUAUUGGUGAAAGUAUUCUUUACCUGUGGGUGGAGAAAAUAAGAGAUGUUCUGAUACAGAAAGCUCAGGUAACAGAGCCAGACCCAGUUGUAAAGAAAAAACCUGAAGAGAAAAAUGUUGGAUGUCAACGUAAAGUCAAUGUAGGAUGUCGGCCAAGGAAAGCAGUUAAAACCGUAGAGCGCACUGUCACUAAACCAGAAGUUCCAGAAUUGCCUCCAAUUGAUCAUGGAGUUCCUAUUACAGACCGAAGGAGCACUUUUCAGGCACACUUGGCCCCCGUGGUCUGUUUUGAGCAGGUGAAAAUGGUUCUUGCCAAAUUGUAUGAGAAUAAGAAAGUAGCCAGUGCCACCCACAAUAUCUAUGCUUACAGGAUAUACUGUGAGGACAAGCAGACCUUCUUGCAGGACUGUGAGGAUGAUGGAGAAACAGCUGCUGGGGGCCGUCUUCUUCAUCUCAUGGAGAUUUUGAAUGUGAAGAAUGUCUUGGUGGUGGUAUCCCGUUGGUAUGGAGGAAUCCUACUAGGACCUGAUCGUUUCAAACACAUCAACAACUGUGCCAGGAACAUCCUUGUGGAUAAGAACUUCACCAGUACACCAGAGGAGUCAUCUAAGAAUUCUGGAAAGAAGAAAGUGAAAAAAGACAAGAAGAGGAGUUAACAUUACUACUUGACAGUGUAUGAAAGGUCAAUUUCCAAGUCAUUCUGUAUACAUUCCACAUAUUCUGUGCUUAACGAAUAUACAGAGAUGGUACACUUGAUAGCUCAAGUCAGCCAGUUCAUCGUGGACACCAGCAUUAUGUUUCCUUCUUUGGUUCUAUCAUUUGCAAAAAGUAGAGAAUUUAGGAUAUAUUCACACGUCUUUCAGGCUUGUGUAGAACUGAUAAGAGCUUAAUUGCCAUUUCAUAUAGCUUGGAAGGUGACAGAUGCAGGGCAUUGUACCUGAGCUAACUGUCUAUUUCAGUUUGUGUCGAGUGCCUUUGUUUGGCAGGGGAGAUGUAUAUUCAGAAAACUAUAAAUGCUUGAUUUCUUGUGAUAGAAAUUCUCAUACUAUUAAAUGACCAUGCAUUACUGCUCCCUAUAUAGCAUAUCAGAGUGGGAGCUCAUUGAAGACUGACUUCUUAGAGACUCUUUCUUGUGACUUACAAGUUUGCCACUUUCCAUUUUAUAGUGUUCAUCAUGGAGUAAUAGAUUAAGUGACAAUCCAGGAGUAUCCAUCUGUGAUUAUGUGCCAAAGUGGUAAUUUACCAUGUUUGCUAGCCCCAGUGGCAUGCAUUCCUUAGUUUUGUUGCAAAUUGGUGUUUGUGAAAUUUCAAAAGGUGAUUUUGUAAGUCUGCCUUUUGUUGCUUAAUUCCUGUAAUGAAACACAGUGAGCACUGAAUUGCAGUAGUUCUUCCAUCCCCUAAGUGUGUUGAUAUAACAUUACAGUGUUACUGAACAACCCUUCCUGUGUUCUUCCCUAUGUGUGUUCAACGGGACACUUAGAGAAUAAGGUAGAAAUGGCAGAAGCCACUGAUGCAGGGGGGAAUGGGACUAGUUUGAUGCACACUUGGCAUCUGUGUUCUGGCCAGAUUCUUUUAGUUCUGUGAGUUUUGUUGAGAAAUGGAGGGACAAAUCUUCGGAUUAGAAAAAAAUCUUUCCUCACAGAUUCUUGACAAAUCUCCUGUUCUAACAGUGUUUGUUUAUUUACUUUUUACCUGCAUAUUACUUGUCAGAAAAAAGACAAGUUUCCCUUUGAGAUGUAGGUAAGUUAUACACAGUUAUCUUUCAGAUAUGAUGCCAACAAUUACUAAGUUGAUCAAGUGAUCACAGGCUUGUUUGACUUCCCUCCCAAGGAAGGGACCAAAAGUUAGGAAACAGCUUUUGGGAUGGUGCUGGAGUGUGAAGCAUCUGAGGUUGGGCAGAUGUUUUUCUCUAACCUUUAACCCUGAAAGAUCCAUAUCCUCACUUCGUAUUUUAAAUAGGAAUCCAGGAGCCAGCUUUACACUAGAGUGGGUUCUGAGACAGAAGUCUUAUUUUCAACAUUAUUUAAUGUUGUAAGUUACUGAGAAUUAUAGGAUGACCUAUAUGUGUGUAUUUGGAGCACGUACUCUGUUUCCAUGAAAUGCUGAGUAUAUCCUAUGUAUUAACUAUUAUGGAAUUUAGACGUUACUUGUUAAAGAUAAUUUCAUAGUCUUGACAUUUCAGACUGUGAAAAGCGAUAAAAGCACCAAGACUUAUGCUGUUAGGAAGAAGAAGUAAUUUUCCCAGCACACUGGUUCUGGUUUCUUCUCUGGUGUUUUGUUUAAAAUGCAUUUGUGUCUACAGACAACAAAACAUUUUUUUUUUAAAUAUCUCUGAUUUUAUUUUCCUACACUUAAAAAAUGUUAUGUUUUCAAGAUUACAAACCACAUUUUGUGGGUUGAGAUCCUUAACCUUCUUCAGUGCAGGUGGAAGGAAAGAUCCCAAAUUCUUCAGUUCUAACUCCUGAAAUUACAUAUUUUACACUUACCAUCGUUGAAAAAUAAUGGUAGCCCAUUUUUCUCUACUAAAAUAGAGAAGAAAAAACAUAUGUAGAGAAUUUUCAAGUUCUCCAAAUAAUUAACUUUCUAUCCAGGCAGAGUCUGUUAAGGUGUUCUCUAUAUUAUAUUAGUUCAAGUGUUCUUCACAUGCCGGUGUAUAAAAGCAAGUAGCAUCUACUUUGAUGGGCAUAGCAGUAGCUGCAUGAAGGAGGUGCUUAUACUGCAAGACAGGCUGUUGGAAGGAAAUUAGUUCAAACCAAUCACAGAACAGAUGAAGCAGAUACUGUGUGCGGGCAGGUUGAGUGUAGAGGGAAAAUUGUAACCCUAUCCAGUCCACUAAAGAGAUAACCGUAAAUGGUGUAUACAGUUCUUAUUUUUUCUUAUGCAUGAUUUUGUAUAUAUGGCUAUUUUUCUUUCCAUAAAACGGUAUUAAACUAUAUAUACUGUUUUUAUCCUACACAUUUCAUAUAGAAGUAUAUUGUUAACAUUUUCCCAUAUCAAUAAAUAUUCUUCUAUGGCUUAA